AUGGCGAACCAGGAACUCAACAACGGGGCCUCGGCUAUCUACCGAGCCCUUAACAAUCCCCUGAUCCUUGAACUCAUCUUGAAAUGGAUUUUUAGGGAUAUGAAAGGCUCGUGGCCGGACCCCAAACGACUGCGAAACCUUCGAGAGGAGAACCCGGCUUAUUCCGACGAUGAUUGGGAGCACUACAUUGGCGCAAAGGGCAUGCUGGUGCGCUGCGCUCAGGUGAGCAGACAGUGGCAUUACGAAGCGGCGCGAAUCCUCUGGCACAACUGGAGCCAAAUGGAAUAUUGGAAAUGUCCGUUUUUGACGUUGUUCGAGAGGAUUGAGCCAGCUCGCCGACAAUUCUAUGCUGAAUUGAUACAUCAUGUUGAUGUGUACGUCGUUGAAAGACAGGAACUGUUUCAGUCUGUCAUAGGGAUAUUCGAUUGCUUAUGUUUUUCAAAUCUCGAGAGUCUCACGCUCUUUGUGGCUGGCGGGCCUCACCCGCGAGAUGACAUGGUAGAGAUUCCGAUCUUUCACGCCCCAAGAUUAAGAACUCUUUCGUUCGAUCCUUAUUACGAGUGGCAACUAGAUACGCAUGGCGUCGAUGAAGAUGAAUGGAAGGCGCUCUUUAGUCUCGUCACGGUCCGCUUUCCAGACGUCGAGAACAUCUCAUUUCUAGACAAUGCCAUGGUGUGCUCAGACGAAAUUCAAAAGCUCCGGGAUCGGCUUCCUCGCCUGAAGCAAUUUGAUGUCGCAAACGUGGUAGACAUUGGAUCGCCGUGGUCUCCAAAUUGGUGA